AUGGGGCGGUCGGGAGGAAUUAUGUUGUUGAUCUUUGCGCUGCUCUGCAUACAGGCGCAUGGUGGUUCCAAGCAUGGCGGUGGUUCUUGCAAAAAUUGUAAAAAUAAAAAUCAUAUGGCUCACAACAGCCAACGGUUAAUAGCGAGCCCCAUUAAUCUACUUAAUCCCGACCGGUACGAGUUUUUCACGCUGGACGAUAAAGGAAAAGUGGUUAAGCGUAUCAUGACGUUCAAGGAGAUUCAGAGCAUCGUAGCCGGAAGUGACAUCACGGAGCUGAAGCUGUUUGCGAACAAAAACAACAACGAUCGUAUCGUAUCUAGCGUCGUGUCGAACGUUAGAAACGUGCUGAACAAUGAGCUGAACCUGAUGAAUGGGCACGAUCAUCUCGAACCUGCCGAGUUUCCGAUAUCGGACGUUAUUAGUACACCGCAAGAACCCUCAGCUACCGCAACAAUGUACGACGUGUUGAAUAAGCUGGGCGAAAGUUUGGUGACGGCAACAUCGAAAAGGACAACGAUUAGACCAACGACGACGACGACGACGACGACCACUGAGCAAACGAGCGCAACUCCGGUGGAAGUCAUUACGGCGAAACCGACCAAAACGACGGAACCGUUGACUACACGGUUGUCUCUUAAGACGACACCGAAACCUACUGAACGAACAACCCUACCAACGACAACGACAACCACGACGCUAAGACCGACAACAACCUCAACGGAACGAGCAUCGGAGACAACAGCCAAACUGCGAUCCUCAACUGCCCGACCUACGGAGCGAUCAACAACCGAGCAGCCAGCUGUAAGGUCCACGAUGCAGUACACACCUUCCAAAACUACCCAACAGCCAACGCUUACCACUACCUCCGUCCAAACGACCCGCCAGUCUACGAUAAGUUCCAGUGCACAGCCAACAGAGACAACUGUCAGUGUGCAAACAAGCGUUACCCGUUCGACAACUACCGAAGCACCAUUGCUUAAGUGGGCCGAAACAUCCCUAGCUGCCGUACGCCGUACGACGGAAGCUCCAACAACGAAGCCUUCAACCACUUCGCCUCCAACAACGGAACAGCCAAUGCUUAAAGAAUCACAACCGACAGCUACCACAACGGUGGCACAUACAACGGAAGCACCAAUGUCCAGGACCUCGGAAAUGUCGCUUCCGACCGUUAAGACAACAGCACCUACAGCUUUUACGAAACAGCCGACAAAAGCCCCAUUACAACAGCUGCCAACAUCAGUGAUGGAAGUUACGGUGAAGCCUGUCGACCAGUCGGUGGUGGAACAUUCUUCACAACGAUCGGAGGAGGUAUCGGAAAGUGAUAACUUCGUUGAAUAUUCGACUGAACAAUCGUCUGAAAAGUUGAGCGAUAGUGGAUCGAACGAAUCGUACACAACGUCAGAGGAAGCAUCCGCCGAAGGUACGACACAGAACGUACUAACUAAACUGGACGAAGAUGAACUAGUGCCGACUGUUGACGCUGUGGUAGAAAUAGUCACGACGGAUGCAUCAGGCAGCAGCAACGCAAUUUUGUCGCUAGAAUCGACCACCUCGAAGGAGGAGGAUUCUGAGACAAGCGCAGACGACGAAAGUAGUUCGAACGAGGAACUGUACAAAACUACUGGUGGCUUAAGCACGUGGUUUAUGGACCCUGUAACUCAGCUUACUACAACAGCACAAAAACCACAAGAGACAGCAUCUAAACAACCGGAAACAACACUUGCCACGGGUAGUAUGCUGGACGAGGAUACACCAAUUGCCACCACAACGUCGCUGGAAAUCGAUAGCUCAACAAUUCAGCAGGAUUCAGUUGGAUAUAGCGACGAACAGCAGCAGUUCGACGAAAUGCCACUAACCACCCUGAAUCUUUACAACAGUCAAGAAUCGACGACUACAUCCAACGGGGAGGAGGAAUCCUUUAUCUUGCAAAACGAUCCGGAGCAGACGGUACCGCCGCAAGAUACAUCCACUAUUCCUUCCGAUGCACAGCACGCGAUACAUAAGAUCAUUGAGUCGCUUCAAUCGAUUAACGACGUUUCCGCAAGUGACGAGUCAGACGAAGCAGACUCGCAGGAAACCAACUACCCGGGAGAUGUGCCCGGCAUGAACUAUGAUGCACAGAGCUCGAUCAACGCGAUUAUUCAAUCGCUUGGACAGGGUGCAUUGGGUGGUGGCGACAGUGCGAUCUUUUCCAUCACGACCGAUACGAUCACUACACCGGAAGAGGAGCUAACGACGGUAACGCUACCGGUUGUAAAAAAUGAUCCUACUACUGUGGUCAUUGCUACGGAACAACCUUCGUCAACUAGUACUCUCUCAACGACGACAUCUCAGUCAUCUACUACUACUACUUCUACGACGACGACUACGUCGACGUCUACGACUUCACUUCCAGUGCUAAAAACAUCCAAACCAGUCGUCGAUGUGCCGGAGGAAUCAUCAUCUGCCAGCAAUAUCAACUACAACACUAACAUAAUAGAAACGAUUGAAAAGUUUCUAAGUUCUUUCGGCAGUCUUCCGAAGGAAAAUACGUACUCAGCAAACCUUACGGAUCUGAACAUACUGAGCGACUACCCGUCAGAGCUCAACAUGACCGAUUACGUCGAUCGUACGGCGACGGUUGCUUCAGUGCUUAAAUUUCCCCAACCGAGCAGUCGGGAGGAACUGGCCGAUGACGUUACGGGUGAGGUGGAAUCGCUUGAAGAUGCUGCAACUGAAUCUGUGCUAAUGCUGGCCGACCAGCCGCCGAUCCUUAGUGAUCCGAUGGCUUCCUUUAUGAAGCUCGGUGAAAUGCUAACCAUGGGUACGAAGCUCAGCUCUACCGAGAUCCCGAUACCGGUGCAGCUGGAGGUGAAAACCGUUGUCGAUGAGGAGGAAACGGAACUGUUGCGUUUCUUAUCGAUCUGCAGCAAUCUGGGCACGACCGUUUACGACUAUCUUACAGACAGAGCGAACAGUGCCCGCUCGUCGAUGAGUGGUCGAAGUUUGGUUUAUUCUCCGUUUGCCACCAUUACCACCCUAUCGAUGCUGUUUCUCGGUACACGAGGAACAACGGCGGAAAGCAUCAACGGUGUGAUUGGGCUAGACGAGAUGACCUCGUUUAAUCCGCACCUCUUUUUCAAAUCGAUUGCCGCAGACCUUACGCCCAAGUAUCGUCGUACUUGGGCACGCGAGGGUAAUGGUGGCAUCACCGUUGCAGAUUCAACGUUCUCGCGCACACUGUUAAGCGACGAGUCGCGUGGUGGAUUGCAGCGUUUCUUUAAAGCACGCAUACAGGAGAUUUACUCCACGGUUGCGGAGACGGUAGACUUCCGGCAGAAGGACAUGCUGCUGCGGCACAUGAAUGGUGACUUUCCGCGGGACUAUGUGGACACACUGAAACAGUUGCGAUCGCCACUGGUGUCGAUCAGUCGGAAUCGUUAUCGGCAUGAUUGCAAUGGAGCUGCUACAACGUUUGGUACGAUGCCGUUUAAACAACGAUCCAUUGGAUCGAUUGUUCCCAGUGUAACGUUCCGGUCCGGAUUUUCAACCGGCUACUCGAAGGUGCUCGACGCCACCAUCCUUGCGUUGCCCGGUUCGACCAGUAACGUGUCGGUGUACUUCAUCAAACCGUCUACCUCUACCGAUGUUUCCGAGCUGGAAACUCAUCUUCGGAACCAGAGCAUAGCGAACGUGCUCAAACUGUUCCCCGAUGAAACGGUGCGGACCGCGUAUGCGGAGGUACAGCUACCCUACUUUACUCAGACUACCAUCUACAACAUGACGGAAAGCAUCCGGCAGUUGGGGCUACAGAAUCUGUUCGAACCGAACGUGGCCAACUUUAAUGGGCUGCAAGACUCGUCCACCUCGAACCUGCAUCUGUCAGAAUUCAUACAGACCGAUUCGUUUGCAUUGUGUGGGGUGGCGGCUGGUGAAAAUGCACCCAGAACAAUUCCAUUACGUAGCUUUUCUACCAAUCUGGUGAAGCAGAGCGUGGAGCCUGUGUUCGCCAGUAGGAUGAGCGACCGUACUGCGGGCAAAUGGUUGCGGCCUAAUGGCCGUAAAUUAGCGCUUCGAAACAGGUCCACUUUCGAUAGCGUGCCACGCAUGGAAGAGAGCAGCAGCAGCAGUAGCAGUAACAGCAAGCUAGUAUUUGAUACACCGUUCUUGUAUUUGGUUAGACAUAAUCCGACCGGAAUGGUCCUGUACAUGGGACGCUUUGUAGGUAAUGCUUAA